UUUGGUAAGCUUUCUUUAAAAAACAAAGUCACACUCUCUCUCUGUCUCACAACACAGACUCUGCAAUUCAUCAAACCCUAGCAAUCUCUCUCUCUGUGACGCUCGCUCUCUAUCUACCUAAUCUCGGUCUCAAAUUUCCUGCGAAUUUCUGUCAUGGCUGACAGAAAGCUCGAUCUGCCUGACGAUCUCCUCUCCUUUAAGACUCUCGAUCAACACCGCUCCGUCAAAGAUGAAGCUUGGGAAGGAACUGGUGAGGAGAAGUCCUUGAUGGGGUUACUUGAUGAGUCUAAAGAUCAAGCAACUUCGGAGAAUAGCAUACCAUUGUCUCCGCAGUGGCUUUAUGCUAAACCAGUUGAUCCUAAGACAUUGACUACAGGAGGGGAAAUGCGGAUACCAAAUUCAUUGCCCCUGGCAAACACAACUGACACUAAUUUAAAAGACAGUUGGCGUUUAGAUGGAUCUCAAGACAAGAAAGACUGGAGGAAGACUGUGCCUGAUAUUGAAAGCAGUCGCCGCUGGCGCGAAGAGGAGAGAGAAACAGGCAUACUUGGUAGAAGAGAUCGCAGAAAAGAAGAUCGUCGUGCGGAUGUUACCUCAUCUAGGGAUAUUUCUGAAACUAGAGCUUUGUCUUCUGCAGAUCGUUGGCAUGAUCCUAGUAACCGUACUUCUGGGCAUGAAUCCCGGAGAGACAGCAAGUGGUCUUCAAGGUGGGGUCCUGAAGAUAAAGAGAAGGAAACUCGAACUGAAAAGAGGACAGAAGCUGAGAAGGAAGAUACUCAGAUUGACAGACAAUAUUUUGCCAGUGGCAAUCGCACAACUUCCGAGCGUGACAAUGAUUCUCGUGAUAAGUGGAGGCCUCGUCAUCGCAUGGAAGUUCAUGCAGGUGGGUCAGCUGCAUACCGCUCUGCACCAGGAUUUGGGUUGGAGAGGGGACGGGUAGAAAGCUCAAAUAUCCGAUUUGCUCCUGGACGUGGUAGGUCUACUAUCAGUGGAAGCCUACAAAUAGGCAGGCCUCCCCAUGUAUCCGUUAUUGGCUCUGUUCCUGUAGGCAAAAUAUCCAGCUCCUCAGCCGUGUAUUGUUAUCCUAGAGGAAAGCUUCUUGACAUUUAUCGUAAACAAAAACCUCUUCCCAAUUUUGAUUCCAUACCUGAUGAGAUGGACCAUUUAUCACCAAUAACAGAAGUAGCUUCCAUUGAGCCUUUGGCUUUUGUUGCUCCUGAUGCAGAGGAAGAGGCUAUUCUUGGGGAUAUAUGGAAAGGAAGGAUUAGAAGUAGUGAAGUAUUACAGAACUCUAAUAGGGACAAAAAUGUGGCAUCAAGUGUUAAUACUGCAGGAUUUGGUGACACAACUGUAGGCGAGGGUAAACAGAGUUCUUCAGUUAAUGCUGAAAGAACUGUUGAAUCUUUGGAAGAAAAGGGUGUAAAUAAUUCUGGUCAAGGUAAUGGUGCUGAGGCAUUAAGCUCAUCUGAUCCCCAUGUUGGCAAGGAAGGGGAUGGUAUUAAAGAAGGUGAAGGUAUUAGGUCACACGCAAUUGAUGUCAUGCAUGAUGACUUGAUACCUUCAAUUUUGAAGGGACAUGAUACAUGUGGUGCUGGAGAGACUACGAGGCCCAGUAACAGUGACAAUGAUAUGAAAUUUGUUGAAAACCAACCAGUAGAUGAUUUGAUCCUCACAAAGCACCCCAAAAUGGAAGAUAUUAAAUUAGCUCCUUCUUUUGAAUUUGGUAACCAGCUUCCCGAUGAUUCAAAUUUUCUAUUUGAUGUUGCAUCUCUGCAACAAACUGCAAACAGUGAUCAGCUUCAUCAAAAAAGCAGUAACAGGGUGCCUCCAUUGGAUGGUGGUACAUCGCUAGAUAAUUUAAGUUUGUUCUAUCUUGAUCCUCAAGGAGUAAUUCAGGGACCAUACAUGGGGAUUGACAUCAUUAUGUGGUUUGAGCAAGGUUAUUUUGGAACUGAUUUACCUGUUCGAUUGUCAGAUGCCCCUGCUGAUUCAGCUUUUCAAGAACUUGGUGAACUCAUGCCCCACCUGAAAUUUAAAUCAGGGUCCUCCACAUGCAAUAAUAUGGUUACAACAUCACAGCUAUCUGAUACUGUUGUAGGCAGCUUGGAAGAGAGUGUAGUCUCUCCUGCUGCCGGACCUGAUUAUAAGAGGUCUGCUGUUUUAAAUAAUCAGCUGUGGGUUUCAACCAGUUCUGAUGCUAUUUCAGGUAUUGAUUUUCAAUCAGGAGUUCCUAAUCAGGAACAUCAGUCUGAGCUCCAUCUUCCUGACAAUCAAAGCUUCCAAAAUUCUGUUGCUCAAGAUGAAGAAAUUGUCUUUCCUGGGAGGCCUCGAAGCAGCAAUGCUAAUCAUAUGAGGAGAUCUGGUGCUGAUACGCACAGUUCAUUUUCUAGUCCUGCAAGCCACCAUUCCCUUGUUAAUGAGUUUUCAGAAGCUAUUAUGCCCAAACAUCAGGAGGAUGAUAAGUUGCAUCCUUUUGGUCUGUUGAUGUCUGAGCUCAGAGACAGCUCUCAUUUGAGGCGUUCUCAUUCAUCCAAUUUGGCUUCAAGCAUAGAUGACCAGGGUCAAUUCCUGGAUUCUUUUGACAGAGAUGCUACAAUUGCCACACAAAACUCCUUGGGUGCAAUUUCUGAUCAACCUGCUCUGGGGCAGAUGUGGCCUGAUGAUUAUAGACGGAAUACAUUUUUAAAAUCCCACCCUCAUCAAGGGUCUAUAGAUGCACGCCAAUUAUUUCGUAGAGAGCAAGAAUUGAAUGGUUUUGACAUGGCACAACAAAAUUAUUCUUCUCAUCCUUUUUCAUAUACAAAUGAGUUGGGGAUAGAGCAAAUUCCUGGUUUUUCUCAUCUACAGCAGUUGGCUCAUCCAGCAGCAGACAUGAAACAACUUUUGGAACUUAAGUUACAACAUCAGCGACAUCUUGAGCUUCAACAACAGCGACAUCUUGAGCUUCAACAGCAGCGACAUCUUGAACUUCAACAACAGCGACAUCUUGAACUUCAACACCAGCGGCAGCUUGAACUUCAACAACAGCGGCAUCUCGAACUUCAACACCAGCGGCAGCUUGAGCUUCAACAACAGCAGCAGCUCAGGCUGCAACAACAGAGGCAGCUUGAGCUUGAGCAACAGAAACAGCUUGAACUUCAACAACAGCAUCGCUUGCUGCAACAGCAGCAGAUUCGUUUCAACGAAAUGAAGUUGCUGCUGCAGCAGCAACAACAACAACAUCAACAACAGUUACUUCUGGAACAAUUGUUGCACAGUCAGAUGCCUGAUCCUGGUUAUGGACAGUUGAAGGUAGAACCUGUAAGAGAUAACCUGCUCGAUCAAGUUCAGUUACGGAUGCAGCUUCUACAUGAACUCCAACAGAAUUCUCAUGCAAGGCACCUUGAUCCAUCACUGGAGCAGAUCAUCCAGGCCAAGAUUGGUCAGAGUGCACUACGGGGACAGCCAGCUGAUUUACUGGACCUAAGAUCACAAGCAAAGCAUGCGAAUAUGCUUUCUUCAGAACAGCAGCUUCAUUUCCAGCAAGAACAAUUGCGAGCACGUCAGUUAUCCAUGGCAUUGAGGCAGCAGUCAGGGCUAGAAAGUGAAGGGCAUAUAACUGGCCCAUGGUCUGUUGAUGAGGCUGGUCAGUUUGCCAGGAGUCCUGGUCAUCACCAAGCUCAUUCAGCGGGUUUUAGUGCUUCAGAUUUUUAUCAGCAACAGCAGAGGCUUUCUUCGCAUGAGGAGCAAUUCAACCACCAUAACUGGAAUCAUCCUUUACAGGAACAACAUCAGAGAGGGUUGUUUGAGCCUGGCUCUGUGGCAUUAAAUAGGUCAUUGUCUGUUCCUUCUGUUGUCACUCCUGGAAGGAAUUUGGAGGAUAUAAACACUCGAGCCCAAGGUCUAGAUUUUCCUGAUCAACAUCUCUAUAUGCACUCAACUGGUCAGCUGACUUCUUUUUCUUCUGGCAUACCCUCACACUCCCAACAAAUCUCUGAUGAGUUUUAUGCUACUCAUCCAGAUAUGAUAGAGAGCCACUCAUCUGGGAAUGAUAUGCUGCAGGAAAAUAGCUGGAUUGAAAAACAGUUGCGACAAUUGAACCUUUUAGGUGAUAGACAACGACAAGACACAGAAGUUAAUAUGACUUCUGUGGAUUCAAGUGUGCGGACAUCCACUGGCUGUGAUGGGGAGAACUCAGAGCAAGUUCUAAUGGAUCUUAUAUCUCAAAAUUCAGGUCUUCAAUCUGUGCAGUCCUCAGAAGUUGAUUACCAACAUAAAAUAUUGUCUAAUAAAACCCGGGAAGCCUUUUGGCCAAUUGCUGAGACACAGUUGUCAAAUCUUCCUUUUAAUCUUAUCCCAGAUCCAGAAGUCAUUGUGAACAGAUCCUUUGUGGAAGGGACACAAAAUUCCAAUUCAAAUGCACAAUUCAAACAUUCAGGGAAUGGUGAAAGAUUAAUCCUCAGGUCUGAUUCUGCUACACUAUUAGAACAGCCAUUGUUCUCCAGCAGCAUAGAAAAUUCAGGCUCUAUUGGUAAAUCAACAUUGGAUAAGAACUUAUUAGAGCUGGAAGGACCUAAGGGGAAGAGGCAUGGAUCCAAAGGCAUGAGCAUGUCAGUUUCAGAGAUCAAAGACAACUCAGUGGAGCAAGCAGAAAACUCUCUGGAUUAUGGAGAGCUGCCAAUUAAUGCCCAUAGUAGGCAUAGUUCUCUAAGUAGUGUUGGUGGAAAUGGAGGCUUAUACAAUUAUGAGAUGGGGCUAGACAAGUCACUUGGAGAAGUAUCAAAUGAAAGGCUUCUAGCAAGAGCCUCGACUUCCCAGGAUGUUUUGACUGAGCCGACUUCUGGAGCAUUUGUCAAGCAGAAAAGUUUAGUAACUCUUGCAUCUGAUGAAGGGAAGGGAGAAUCUGUCAGUAAUCCUGUAGCAACCCGGGUUACUGAAACUCAAGCAUUUGGCAAGAAAGAUAUGCGUUUUAGGAGGACCUCAUCUUGCAGUGAUGCUGCUGUUUCAGAGACAUCGUUCAUAGACAUGCUUAAGAAGCCAGUCCUUCCAGAAGCUGAUCCAUUAAAUGGAGUUGCUUUGGAGUCAUCUGAUGUUGGUGCACCAGCUGGGAAAAGUGGCAAAAAGAAAGGGAAGAAAGGAAGACAAAUUGAUCCUGCUCUCCUUGGCUUCAAAGUUUCUAGCAACCGGAUUAUGAUGGGGGAGAUCCAGCGGCUUGAAGAUUAACCAAAACAAGUUUGUACAUUUCACGUAAGUUUUGUUCCACCUGUAGAUAUUAUUUGUACAAUUGCUUUUAGAAUUUCUCAAUUUGUACAAUUGAUUUAGUUUGGAAUUCCAGCUUGCCGAUCACUAUGCAUUGUGUAAAUAAGGAAGCAAGGCAUUUGUAUAUACAUUAAACAGAAAUUUUUUGUAGGGUGAUCAUACAAUAAUGAAAGGAAUAAUUACAUUCAA